GCUUGUGACUGUUGGACUUGAGUUGUCGACCAGAUUUAAGAUAGGUGCAGACCACAAGAAACUCUUCCUAAAUAUAUUUCAAAGCGUUUGCAUGGUAAACAAGAACUGAAUUCAGAACCGUCAUUUAAGAGCUUUAUACUUGGAUCUCCAGGCACAACUUUGAGUCACCAGUCGCCUUGAAUGCACAGGAUGCAUUGAACUUUUACCCACAAAACGUAUGACUAAUUUCACGCUGUAAAUCUGUUUCAAGCUACGUUUGAUAUUGUCUGUUAAAAUACAUCAGGGCCACAAGCAGGGCAAACACCUUGGUAUUUAUUUUCUGAACAUGGCGACCUCUGCCCCGGGGGAGUCCCUCCUGAAAUAUGACACACCCAUUUUAAUCACAAAAACCCCCAGUGUGAAACCACAGAAGGGCAGGUCCCAAAAAUCUAGUGCCACCCUCCCUUCAGAUAAUGCCCCAGUGCCUCCGGCACCAAAGCAAAAAUCCGCCUCAGCAGAAGCAACCAGCAAGCAAAAUGAGGACAUACUCAACGCAAUCUUCCCGCCCAGGGAAUGGACAGAAGGGAACCAGCUGUGGAUGCAGAAAGUGUCCACCACGCCCUGCAGUCGAUCAGAGGUGUUGGCGCUGGAGGAGCAGCUGGACACAAAGCUGCAGCAACGACAGGCCAGAGAAGCAGGUCUUUGUCCUGCGCGCCGGGAGCUCUUCUCCCAGUUCUUCGAUGAGCUGAUCAGACAGGAAACCAUUAACUGCGCUGAGAGAGGGCUUCUGCUGUUGAGGGUCAGGAAUGAGAUCCAACUCACCAUGGCGACCUAUAAUACACUUUACGAGAGCAGCGUGGCUUUUGCCAUCAGGAAGGCGCUGCAGGCUGAACAGGACAAAGCUGACAUAGGAAACAGAAUCACAGAGCUGGAGCAGGAGACACAUGAACUGAAGAAGCAGCUCAGCGAGCAAAUGGCCAAAUACGACGCAAUUGAGAAGAGUGAAAAUGAAAAAAAUGAACUACAAGAGAAGAAGCACAAAGAGGAAAUCCAGUUCCUGAAAUCAGCCAACCACGAACUCAAGACCCAGCUGGAAAUGAUCAUCACGCCGAAGAAGUAACAUCUGACAAGCUCUGACAUGAACUAUUCAUUAAACUUUUUACAUUUCUUUGUGCACAUGUGACAAGAGAUUAAAACAGUUUAUUCUUUUAAAG